ACUCAGUUUGUUGGAGGUUGUAGGAGAAUAUCGUCGCACUGAGAGGACUUGUAAAACACUGUCUGCAACAAUGACGGCCAGUAAAAGGUCCGAAGACGUUUCCAGUGUGAGCGGAAUCCGCAGAGCCCGCUGACCACUCACACAGCUUUUACGCACGGGGGAGAGAGGUGCCGGCGCCUUUGUUUUUGUGUUUCAUUUGGAUGAACUUUGAAUUACGUUUUUAAUGAUUCGAGAUCUGGCAAAGAUGUACCCCCCGGCGCGGCACCCGGUCCCCCACCAGCCGGGACAGCCGUUCAAGUUCACGGUCACCGAGUCCUGCGACCGGAUCAAGGAGGAGUUUCAGUUUCUGCAGGCCCAGUAUCACAGUCUGAAACUGGAGUGUGAGAAACUGGCCAGUGAGAAAACAGAGAUGCAGAGACACUAUGUCAUGUAUUACGAGAUGUCAUAUGGACUCAACAUCGAGAUGCACAAACAGGCAGAGAUUGUCAAACGUCUGAAUGCCAUCUGUGCCCAAGUCAUCCCCUUCCUCUCUCAAGAGCAUCAGCAGCAGGUUGUGCAGGCCGUGGAGCGGGCCAAACAGGUCACCAUGGCUGAACUUAACGCCAUCAUUGGACAGCAGCAGCUCCAGGCUCAGCAUCUCUCUCACGGACAUGCCCUCCCCGUCCCACUCACACCCCACCCGAUGGGACUGCAGCCCCCUCUGGCCCCCGGGGCCAGCACCGCCAGCCUGCUGGCGCUGUCCACCGCUCUGAGUCACCAGCUGCCACUCAAAGACGAGAGGAAACAUCAUGACAGCAACAGUGAGCAUCUCAGAGACAGAGACUCUGUCAAGAGCUCAUCUGUUUCUCCGUCGGCCAGUUUUCGGACAGGAGAGAAACAUAGAAGCUCAAGCGAUUACUCGUCAGACAGCAAGAAACCGAAGACUGAUGAUAAGGAGCUGUCUUCUACACGCUAUGAAAGUGAUGGAGAGAAGAGCGAUGAUAACUUGGUGGUGGAUGUCUCCAAUGAGGAUCCAGUGUCUCCUCGAGGAAGCCCAGCCCAUUCUCCUCGGGAGAACGGGCUGGACAAGAAUCGCUUGCUAAAGAAGGACGCACCGCUGAGUCCUUCCUCCAUCGCCUCCUCCAGCAGCACACCAUCAUCCAAAUCCAAAGAGAUUAAUUUGAAUGAGAAGCCCACAACACCUGUGUCCAAAUCCAGCACUCCCACAUCCCGUUCUGAUGCCCCGACCCCCAGCAGCACGUCCACCCCGGCACCAAGGUCAGCACCUGGUAAACCACCAGGAGUCGAGAGUCUGGCUGCUGGUCUCCGAACACCGCUGGCGGUGCCCUGCUCAUAUCCAGGUCCGUUUGGAAUGGUGCCCCAUCCAGGCAUGAACGGAGAGCUGGCUGGCGCGGGGACGGCCUAUACCGGUCUGCACAACAUUUCACCACAGAUGAGCGCGGUGGCUGCUGCAGCUGUGGCAGCUUACGGGCGCACACAAGUGGUGGGAUUCGAUCCUCAUCAUCACAUCCGUGUCCCUGGGCUUCCUCCCAACCUGUCAGGAAUUCCUGGAGGAAAACCAGCAUACUCCUUUCAUGUGAGCGCUGAUGGACAAAUGCAGCCUGUGCCUUUUCCUCCUGAUGCGCUGAUUGGCCCUGGCAUCCCGCGCCAUGCGAGGCAGAUCAAUACUCUUACCCACGGGGAGGUGGUGUGUGCUGUCACCAUCAGUAACCCUACGCGCCAUGUUUACACCGGAGGCAAGGGCUGUGUCAAGGUGUGGGACAUCAGUCACCCUGGCAACAAGACUCCUGUGUCUCAGCUGGACUGCCUUAACAGAGACAACUACAUUCGUUCUUGCCGGCUACUUCCGGAUGGGCGGACUCUCAUUGUUGGGGGUGAGGCAAGUACACUGUCAAUCUGGGAUCUGGCUGCACCAACUCCACGGAUCAAGGCAGAACUAACUUCAUCAGCACCGGCAUGUUAUGCUCUGGCCAUCAGUCCUGACUCCAAGGUCUGCUUCUCCUGCUGCUCUGACGGCAACAUCGCCGUCUGGGAUCUUCACAACCAGAGUUUGGUUAGACAGUUCCAGGGCCACACCGAUGGGGCCAGCUGUAUUGAUAUCUCCAAUGAUGGGACCAAACUGUGGACUGGAGGGCUGGAUAACACCGUCCGGUCCUGGGAUCUGAGAGAGGGACGUCAACUGCAGCAGCAUGACUUCACCUCCCAGAUCUUCUCCCUGGGAUACUGUCCCACAGGCGAGUGGCUGGCAGUGGGGAUGGAGAACAGCAAUGUGGAGGUUUUACAUGUCACCAAACCUGAUAAGUACCAGCUCCACCUCCAUGAGAGCUGUGUGCUGUCGCUCAGAUUUGCCCACUGUGGGAAGUGGUUUGUGAGCACAGGAAAGGACAAUCUGCUGAAUGCAUGGAGAACCCCGUAUGGAGCCAGCAUAUUCCAGUCAAAGGAGUCGUCUUCUGUGCUGAGCUGUGACAUCUCCAUAGAUGACAAAUACAUAGUGACCGGCUCAGGAGAUAAGAAGGCGACUGUGUACGAGGUCAUCUACUAGGUGGCCCAUCUUUCUCUGUCAGCUAUGUACAAAUGUUAAUGUGUAUAAAAAUGACUUGAAUGGAACAAACCAAACUCUUUCUUUCAUGGACUGUGACCUUUUGACCUCUUGGCUUGGUAGGGAUAAAAAUGUACAAGCAGAACCAAACAUUGGGGGGGUGGGGGGUGACUCC